UACAUGCUCUAAGGGGAUAGCUCAGCUGUUUCGAACAAUUGACGUUGUGUCCGUGAACUGUAAAGAAUCGCUAAUCUACCGUCUAAACGCAAACAGAUGUGGAGUGACUGUCCGAAUUUCUGACACAUCUCAACAGCUACGGAUACGGAUUUUGCGAAGCAGAGAUUUUGUACAUUUAUAUAAGUAGUAAUUAGAUUACGGCCUACGAGGUGUAGAGCGCGUUUCACCGGGAAUAGAAGAGAUAUCGCCAUGAGCGAAUUAAGUCAAGAAGAGAUGAGGAAAAGGCGGUUAGCCCGCCUUGCAGGCCUGGAAACCAGUAUUUCCACUAAUAGUUCAAAUAGUGGAACUGGAUCCAUUUCUCCUGGCACUCCGGGUCCCUCAAGAUCGUCUUCUGGUCCAAUAAUGUCACCUCCAACACAGCAGUUACAGCAUCCAGAACAUCCUAUGGAAGUUGAAGACAGCAGUGAAAAGCAGUGCAACACUUCUGGCGUCGAUGUAGAUUCUGGAAUUGAAAAUAUGGAAGUAGAAGAAUCUGAUCGCAGAGAAUUGGCACCACGCUCCAGGACAACGAGUUCCAGUACAGAGGUAACAGUUGACCAAAUUCACACAGUGGUCUCACGCGUCCUCUGUGUUUCAUGGAAAGAAUCUACGGAAGGUGCAAUAUUUCUUCCUCAAACAGCAGCUAAUGCCUUGGAGCAUGAACUCUCAGAUGUUACUGAUAUUGCUAAUCAGGCCCUGAUGGAAGUGCUCUGCAUGUUCUCUCGAGGCGAAGAUCCACUGAAAGAAAUAACAUCGGAUGCUUCUUCCGAUCGAGAAGGCAGUCCCAGCAGCCAAGCAAGCCCUUUGCUGAGCCCUGUUGUUACUCUACCUUCCUGUCCUGUACCCACACUACCUCUGCCCACUGCUGGCAAGUCUCAGCAGCCAAAAAGUCUUAUUUAUUUAUUUGAAUGCUACUCCAGAGUUGCUGUAGAAGAACGGAAUCAUCCUAAGAGAUGUAGCACCCCUCCGCUUUCUGAAGUGUUAGCCACACUGCGGGCUCAGUGUGUGCAACAUGCAAGUUUAGUUCUACAAGGCUUGGUUGGCAUCUGCCAAAGUGUAAUACCGUCAACGCCAUCCCCGUCACUUCUCUAUCCAGUGCUAUCGCAAAACCUACCUAGAGGUUUCCUGCAUGAACUUGUGGCUAGAACUCACUCUAAUCCUCACGUGUUCACCAAGAUUUUCACCCCGUUACUCCAAGGCUUCUUUCUCUCUAUGCAGCAAGCAAGCCUGAUUGGUAACACUCACCGCCGGCCAAUCGAGGCCUUGGAAGAACUAAUUGAGAUACGCUGUGGAUCCACUGGCAAUAUUCGUCCAAUUUGUCAGUUGAUAACGCACCAAACCCAGUUUUUACCUGACGUUUUGACGACUGCAGUUGGAAGAGAGCUUGCCAGAACAUCAUUCUUAGGGCCUUUCCUUUCCGUCUCCGUAUUCGCGGAGGAUCAACCCAAGGUUGCGGAAAAAUUUUUCAGCGGAAAUCCUGCAACAGAUAAGUCAAUAAAUUUAACUCUACAGCAGGAGCUUGAAAGCACUAGAUCGUCGCUUCACAAAAUGUUCCAUGCAAUUCUUGCAAAUAGUAGUAGCUGCCGAGAAGCUACACUGGCGUAUCUGGCAGCUCUUCUUCGACACAAUGAAAAACGUGCUCAAAUUCAAACAGAAGAAUUUGCCCUUGCAGGAGAUGGUUUUAUGCUCAAUUUGUUGUCAGUUCUCCAGAUGCUUGCUGUCAAGAUUAAGCUCAACACGAUAGAUACGCUGUAUCCGUUUCAUCCUUCUAGUUAUGUUGAAAUAAAAAAUGAUACUAGAUUAAAGCUCAACUCACAGGAAGUGACAGAGUGGCUUGCGAGCUUGGAGUCAACGCACAAAUGGACAGAGGCAAAGUUUCCAACUCAAUGCUGGUUUUUAACUCUUCACUGUCAUCAUCUGGCGCUUUUGCCAGCUUUGCAAAAAUAUCAAAGAAGAUUGAGAGCUCUCAGGGAGCUACAGAAGAUGCUGGAUGAACUACAGGCAACUGAGCCGCAGUGGAAAGAUGCUCCUUUUGCAGCGCACAACAAGGAGUUAAUGAAACGAUGGAAACAACAGUUGAAACGACUCGGUAGAUCAAAAUCUUCCGCAGAUGCUGGAUUGAUAGACCAAGUUCUUUUAAGGCGAUCUCUUCACUUUUAUACGUCUGUUGCCGACGUUCUGCUCGGUCUUCUUACCCAGAGACCUGCUGGUAGUGAAUUACCUUCCCUUCCGCUUCCUCAACACGUUCCACCUCAAUUUACUGCCUUACCUGAAUGGUAUGUCGAAGACAUUGCAGAAUUUUUGCUCUUUGCACUUCAAUUCAGCCCCACAGUAGUGGCCAAUAACAUGGAUAAUUCGCUGAUUACAUGGCUACUAGUUGUGAUAUGUACGCCACACUGUAUUCGCAAUCCAUACUUAAUUGCUAAAAUUAUUGAAGUACUCUUUGUGAUCAACCCCAGUGUUCAGGGGAGAACAGAAACUCUACAUGACCAAGUGAUGGCACACGAGAUAUCAAAGACUUUCUUGGCAUCUUACCUUAUGAAGUUUUAUACAGAUGUAGAAACAACUGGUUCCAGCUCGGAAUUCUAUGACAAGUUUUCGAUCCGUUACCAUAUUAGUUUGAUAUUGAAAUCCAUGUGGGAGAGUCCUGUUCAUAGAGCUUCCAUCGUCAACGAAAGUAGAAGUGGAAAGCAAUUUGUCAAGUUUAUAAAUAUGCUGAUGAAUGACACAACGUUUUUAUUGGACGAAAGUUUGGAAUCUUUAAAACGAAUUCACGAAGUGCAGGAACUUAUGUCCAACACUGCAGCAUGGGCUGCACUACCUCAAGAUCAGCAACAAUCUAGAUCAAGACAAUUAACGGCCGACGAACGUCAGGCGAGAUCUUACUUGACUCUUGCAAAGGAAACUGUUGCCAUGUUCCAUUACUUGACUGUAGAUAUCACAGAACCAUUUUUACGUCCUGAAUUGGUCGGUAGACUCAGUGCCAUGUUGAACUUUAAUUUGCAACAGCUUUGUGGGCCGAAGUGUAAAAAUCUAAAAGUGAAAAAACCAGAAAAAUAUGGAUGGGAACCAAGAACAUUGUUAAGUCAAUUAGCCGAUAUAUACUUGCAUCUAGACUGUGAUAAUUUUGCUGCUGCUCUGGCUGGGGAUGAGCGCUCAUUCUGCAAAGAGCUAUUUAAUGAUGCUGCGGGUAGAAUGGAAAGGACUGCAAUUAAGACUGUGACUGAAAUUGAGCGGUUUCGAGCUCUAGCAGAACGGGCAGCCGCUAUUGCAAGGGAUAAUCAGGCACGUGAUGAGGAUUAUGGGGAUGCACCUGAAGAAUUUCGUGAUCCUCUCAUGGACACGCUUAUGGAAGAGCCUGUCAAACUUCCAUCUGGUAUCGUCAUGGACAGAGCAGUGAUCAUUCGUCACCUACUCAAUAGCGCUACAGAUCCAUUUAGCCGUCAGCCACUUAGUGAAGAUAUGCUGACACCUGUCCUGGACUUAAAAGAAAGGAUCUCUGCAUGGAAACAGGAGAAGAAAAAGUCUGCAAACAUGUAAGUGCUACUAAGAACGUGAUGAGUUAUUUAAAAUUUGAAGA